AUGACUCUCCGGCCGUCGCUCUUCUCGCGCUGGCUCGCGCAACCAGCAGAGCUCCUGCAACGCACCAGCCUUCGCGGAACCCGACUCUCCCCAUCGCAAACACUGGCCCUAACACGACAAGCCCUUCUGACCGGCCAAUCCAACUCAACAAGAACGACAACACUCACAACUCGACGCACCUUCGCCUCCCUAACAAGCCGCCUCAGCACUCCCACCCGAUCGAGUCCACCCCUCCGUCCUCGAACACUACACCUUCCAAGCCGCACCACUCGCCGCGCCAACUCCAACUCCUCUUCCAAUGCCCAGUCCACGCAGACCCCCAAACAAGGGGGCUCGCUCUCGGAGCGUCUACGCACCUUGUCCCGAGAAUACGGCUGGGCCGCGCUGGGGGUCUACCUGGGAUUAUCGGCGCUAGACUUCCCGUUCUGUUUUGUCGCGGUGCGAUUGCUGGGCGUGGAGCGGAUUGGGCAUUGGGAGCAUGUGGUGGUUCAAUCUGCCAAGGACGUGUUCCGGUCUGUUUGGCCGCAGAAGGAGGGGGAGGAGGAGGGUGGGAGGGUUGAAAGUGCUGGGGAGGGUGGUGCGCUUGUGCAGGCGGAGGAGGCGAGUAUGGAGGAAGCCAGUAUAUGGACUCAGUUGGCAUUGGCGUAUGCCGUCCACAAGACCUUGAUUUUCAUCCGUGUCCCGCUCACGGCGGCCGUGACGCCCAAGAUUGUCAAGGUCCUGCGGCGCUGGGGCUGGGAUAUCGGCAAGCGCAAGCCGAAGAGCACCUAA